AUGGACCAUUUCAAUGUCACAGUUGCCCAGAAUGGAAAGCUGAUCUCAACUCGACGUGGUCUUCAGGUGUCAAAACAGAAGUUCAACGGCACUUCUUUUGUGAACUCGUACCCACAGGCCAGCAAUUGCAGUUCUAGCGCAGAUCCCGACUCGUCACAGCUCCUGCAACGGAAAUUCAAGUUUGUGACGAAGCAGAAGGAGCCUAAGAAACCAUCUGUCAGAAAUAAGGCGAAAGAUGUAGACAAUAAAGAUUCAGAGGAGGAGACAAGAAAUGACCAGGCCAAGAAACCUGCGAGGAGAAGAAACACAACGCGAUCCGAUGACAACAUCUCUGUAACAUCCGCCUCUCAAAGGCCGUCUCCCGAGCAAGACGGGCUCCAGCCAUCAUUUUCAGUUACAGCUCAAGAUUUCUAUGACAUCGCCGAUAUUGGCAACCCAACACCAUCGAUCCCAACAUGGGCAACUCACGACCUACCGUCAUAUAUGACAGGGGAGAACCGCAAGAUGUUCCACAAUUACUUCUCCGUUGUGCCGCGGAAGAUGUAUCCGUUCGAAGCUGUCCUGGACUACAAUCCGAGCCGUUCCUACGACUUCUACUACUUGGUCAUUAAUGACUUGGCAGCACUUCAUUGUGUGCUGAUGUGCGGGACAAUGUUCGAGUCUAUAGCGAAAGGAGAAAUGAGCUCCAAAGACUUGUCGUAUCACAUAUCUAAGAAGAUGAUUGAAAUGAACGGCGGUCUAGAAGGAGUCCGGCCGGCGCUACUCUCUAAAAUCCGGAAAACUGACAUCAAGGGUGCUGCUACCCUUGGUUCAUCGCCUUAUUUCCCAUUCAGUCGUCUCUACAAAAACGCCUCCGAUACUUUACCGGAAGCAACCCGGCAAGAGAUCGUCAACGAUGUGACUGCCGUCCUCUCACCAAGCAACAUCUCCCCUCCAGUACUGACCUCCGUAUCCAACCUUGCCAAGCUCGUGAAUGCUUACGCCUACGCUAAGACCUCGAGGCUGGUGACAUUCGACCCGAAUGAAUUCACGGAGGAGUACCAAGCCGUGCAGCAUGCACUCGUUUGUGAACCCGGACCACUGCGCAGCGGAGCCAGACCCGGUACCCCCGAGGCGGACGUCGACCCAAUCGACCCCUCGUGGCUGAAGACCGAAGACUUUAUCAAGAACCACCAAGCUGCCAUUGCACCGGUCAUACCGGCCGAGCACGGCAAUACGCUGGAUCCGCUGCUGCGGAUUUGCUCUCUUCUCUACCUCAAGGAGCUACUACCCGAUUUCCCGCGGAAUCUAGGCGGCUACAGCAUAUUGUUGAGUCUUCUAACACAUCAGCUACGUCAACUCAUAGAUGAGAACCGUGUCAAAACAGCGGUAAACUAUCACCACUUAACUAGCGACGACGUCCUAGAUCCGCGCUUGCUAGACUGGACAGCCGAGAACGACGAUGAAGACUGGGACGGCAAAAUUGUGGCGAUGAAGCCGGCGCUGGUGUGGGUGUGUCUGAUAGGGAAUCUCUCGUCUCUCAUCGGAGACAAGAACGAGUGCCGGUUUGGCGCGGACCACUAUGACCGGUCAGCGUAUCGUGAGUGUCUGGCGGAGGUGGUGGGCCUGAGCGUGGACACGGUUGAUGACUUGACAGAUUCCGAUUUGAAUCUCUGUCAACUCUUGGAUAUCAGAUGGAUUCAGGAUGGGAAAUGGGAUGAUAAAUCGGCACUCAAGAGGAUCUUGUCAGAAGCCGUUUAUGAGUAA